CUGCGGCCGCCCGGGCCCGGCUCUCGGUUAUAAGAUGGCGGCGCUGAGCGGCGGCGGCGGCGCGGAGCAGGGCCAGUCUCUGUUCAACGGGGACAUGGAGCCGGAGGCCGGCGCUGCGGCCUCUUCKGCGGCGGAUCCUGCCAUUCCCGAGGAGGUGUGGAAUAUCAAACAAAUGAUUAAAUUGACACAGGAACAUAUAGAGGCCCUACUGGACAAAUUCGGUGGGGAGCAUAAUCCACCAUCAAUAUACCUGGAGGCCUAUGAAGAAUACAUCAGCAAGCUAGCUGCCCUCCAACAAAGAGAACAACAGUUAUUGGAAUCCCUGGGGAAUGGAACUGAUUUUUCUGUUUCUAGCUCUGCAUCAAUGGACACCGUUACGUCUUCUUCCUCUUCUAGCCUUUCAGUGCUACCUUCAUCUCUUUCAGUUUUUCAAAACCCCACAGAUGUGUCACGGAGCAACCCCAAGUCACCACAAAAACCUAUCGUUAGAGUCUUCCUGCCCAAUAAACAGAGGACAGUGGUACCUGCAAGGUGUGGAGUUACAGUACGAGACAGUCUAAAGAAAGCACUGAUGAUGCGAGGUCUUAUCCCAGAGUGCUGUGCUGUUUACAGAAUUCAGGAUGGAGAGAAGAAACCAAUUGGCUGGGACACUGAUAUUUCCUGGCUUACAGGGGAAGAAUUGCAUGUAGAAGUGUUGGAAAAUGUUCCACUUACAACACACAACUUUGUACGAAAAACUUUUUUCACCUUAGCAUUUUGUGACUUUUGUCGAAAGCUGCUUUUCCAAGGUUUCCGCUGUCAAACAUGUGGUUAUAAAUUUCACCAGCGUUGUAGUACAGAGGUUCCACUGAUGUGUGUUAAUUAUGACCAACUUGAUUUGCUGUUUGUCUCCAAGUUCUUUGAACACCACCCAAUACCACAGGAGGAGGCCUCCUUAGCAGAGACUGCCCUUACAUCUGGAUCAUCCCCUUCUGCACCCCCCUCAGACUCUAUUGGGCCCCAAAUUCUCACCAGUCCGUCUCCUUCAAAAUCCAUUCCAAUUCCACAGCCCUUCCGACCAGCAGAUGAAGAUCAUCGAAAUCAAUUUGGGCAACGAGACCGAUCCUCAUCUGCUCCCAAUGUGCAUAUAAACACAAUAGAACCUGUCAAUAUUGAUGAAAAAUUCCCAGAAGUGGAAUUACAGGAUCAAAGGGACUUGAUUAGAGACCAAGGGUUUCGUGGUGAUGGAGCCCCCUUGAACCAGCUGAUGCGCUGUCUUCGGAAAUACCAAUCCCGGACUCCCAGUCCCCUCCUACAUUCUGUCCCCAGUGAAAUAGUGUUUGAUUUUGAGCCUGGCCCAGUGUUCAGAGGAUCAACCACAGGUUUGUCUGCAACCCCACCUGCCUCAUUACCAGGCUCACUCACUAAUGUGAAAGCCUUACAGAAAUCUCCAGGACCUCAGCGGGAAAGGAAGUCAUCUUCCUCCUCAGAAGACAGGAAUAGGAUGAAAACACUUGGUAGACGGGAUUCAAGUGAUGAUUGGGAGAUUCCUGAUGGACAGAUCACAGUGGGACAAAGAAUUGGAUCUGGAUCAUUUGGAACAGUCUACAAGGGAAAAUGGCAUGGUGAUGUGGCAGUGAAAAUGUUGAAUGUGACAGCACCCACACCUCAACAGUUACAGGCCUUCAAAAAUGAAGUAGGAGUACUCAGGAAAACACGACAUGUGAAUAUCCUACUCUUCAUGGGCUAUUCCACAAAGCCACAACUAGCUAUUGUUACCCAGUGGUGUGAGGGCUCCAGCUUAUAUCACCAUCUCCACAUCAUUGAGACCAAAUUUGAAAUGAUCAAACUUAUAGAUAUUGCACGGCAAACUGCACAGGGCAUGGAUUACUUACACGCCAAGUCAAUCAUCCACAGAGACCUCAAGAGUAAUAAUAUAUUUCUUCAUGAAGACCUCACGGUAAAAAUAGGUGAUUUCGGUCUAGCCACAGUGAAAUCUCGAUGGAGUGGGUCCCAUCAGUUUGAACAGUUGUCUGGAUCCAUUUUGUGGAUGGCACCAGAAGUAAUCAGAAUGCAAGAUAAAAAUCCGUACAGCUUUCAGUCAGAUGUAUAUGCAUUUGGGAUUGUUCUGUAUGAAUUGAUGACUGGACAGUUACCUUAUUCAAACAUCAACAACAGGGACCAGAUAAUUUUCAUGGUGGGACGAGGAUACCUAUCCCCAGAUCUCAGUAAGGUACGGAGUAACUGUCCAAAAGCCAUGAAGAGAUUAAUGGCAGAGUGCCUCAAAAAGAAAAGAGAUGAAAGACCACUCUUUCCCCAAAUUCUCGCCUCUAUUGAGCUGCUGGCCCGCUCAUUGCCAAAAAUUCACCGCAGUGCAUCAGAACCCUCCUUGAAUCGGGCUGGUUUCCAAACAGAGGAUUUUAGUCUCUAUGCUUGUGCUUCUCCAAAAACACCCAUCCAGGCAGGGGGAUAUGGAGAAUUUGCAGCCUUCAAGUAGUCACACCAUCAUGGCAGCAUCUACUCUUUAUUUAAGUCUUGUGUUCGUACAGUUUGUUAACAUCAAAACACAAUUCUGUUCCUCAAACCUUUUUUUAAAGAUAUAAAAUUUUCAAUGCAUAAGCUGGUAUGGAACAGAAUGGAGUUUCCUUUCCAACAAAAGAGGGAAGAAUGUUUUAGGAACCAGAAUUCUCUGCUGCCAGUGUUUCUUCUUCACCACAAAUACCACGUGCACACGUCUGCCCACUCCCAGGAAGAAAGAGGAGAGACCCUGAAUUCUGACCUUUUGAUGGUCAGGCAUGAUGGAAAGAAACUGCUGCUACAGCUUGGGAGAUUUGCUAUGGAAGGUCUGCCAGUCAACUUUGCCCUUCUAACCACCAGAUCAGUUUGUGGCUGAUCAUCUGAUGGGGCAGUUUCAAUCACCAAGCAUCGUUCUCUUUCCUGUUCUGGGAUUUUGUUGUGGAGCUCUUUCCCCUGGCUACCAUCAGUUAAUUUCUGAGGAAUGGAACAAAAAUGCAGCAUCCCCUUCCUGUGUGGUAUAUGUUCAGUCCUUGACAAAUUCUGUCACAGUGAAGCUCUAUUUAUUUGAUUGGAGGUUGAGCGGUAAGGAGGAGUCUGGGAGCAGAGGAAAAGGGAAUGCUGCAUCUUCUUCCGGACCUCCCAGGUCUCUAGCCUCUGGUUGCCUUGCUCCCUGGGGCUCUGCCUAACCAUGCAGGCUGGACAGUGCUGGCACAUACCGCCUUCUUUUCUCAUUGGGUCCAGCAAUGAAGAUGAGAGUUGGGGACUUGUUUCCUCCACAAUGUAGCAAAUUCUCAGGAAAAUACAGUCUAUAUCUUCCUCUAAGCUCUUCCAGUCACUAAGUACUUAUGUGGCUACUUUGUCCAGGGCCAAAAUGCCAUGGACAGUAUCUGAUUAAAAGCCUGCAAAACUGCUUAAUAACAGUUUUGAAUGUGAGAAAUUUAUGUAAUUAAAUGUAAGGUACAGGUUUUAAUUUCUGAGUUUCUUCUAUUAUAUUUUUAUUAAAAAGAAAAUAAUUUUCAGCUGUAAUUGAAUUGGAGUGAAAUUAUAGUUCCCACCAGAAUUAUAUAGCCUGAAAACUGUAUUUUUGUUACAUAAACAACUUUUAAAGAAAGAUCAUUAUCCUUUUCUCUACCUAAAUAUGGGGAGUCUUAGCAUAAUGACAAAUAUUUAUAAUUUUUAAAUUAAUGGUACUUGCUGGAUCCACACUAACAUCUUUGCUGAUAAUCUCAUUGUUUCUUCCAAUUGAUUCCAACACUACAUCCUACAUCCACUUUCUAGUCUUUUACCUAGAAUAUGCAACCUGAAAUAAAAAUGGUGGUAUCUCUAUUCAUUCUCCUCCUUCCUUUUUUCCCAAGCCUGGUCUUCAAAAGGUUGGAUAAUUUUGCAGCUGAGUUCCCCAAGCAGAGAAUAGGAAAAUCUUAAGGAUGUCAAGACUGAGGUAGGGUGUGUGAAGCCUACCAUCAGUUGUUUUUAUAGAAAGAGCUGCUGUGGUAUUGAGAACCUAAAUCUGUCUUGUCUUUUCACAAAUGGAAAAUAUAACCUAGUCAUAGCUUCCCUUGACCUUUAUUAAAGGGCAGAUUAUAAAUCACCAAAGUAGCAAAGAAAGUGACCAGAUGUAUUAAUAGCAAAUAAUCUCCUUAGAAUCACUUAUCAGGAUUGAGGAAUCCAAAUUAAAUGAGAUGUACUUAGCCCAGAUGAGUCAUAGCCAAGGACCUGAAGGAAAUUCCACAGGACUUAUAUCAGGGAACCAGAAGUUAGUUAAGUUUUUCAGAUUAUAAUUCCUCUCCCACUAUACUAUAUUUCAUUAGAUGAAUUUUGCUAAAAUAUCUUAAUCAGAAGAAGGCCUAUUGAAAAUUUCAUGGGUUUAACAAAGGUUGUUCCAGUAAAAUGGAAUAUAUCCUAAGUUAUUAACAGUUUUAACAAUGGUGUGUUUUUACUGGUUGUUUUUAUUUUUUUUUUUUAUUUUUAUUGGU